GCGCGGGGGGGGGGGCAGUGCGUGGUCACGUGCUCCACAGGUCCCAAAGCAGCUAGCGGCUCAGCUAUUAGUCCGGCUUCUGUUUCUCUGAUUAAACAUCGAAAGAGUAAACAACCUGGCGGCUUUAUUUCACUCUCGAGCGCGUUUUAGUGUGACGUGAAUCUGAUCCUUUGUGUACAUAUUCGUCAUUUCCGGUCAUCAUGUCGGCGGUGCAGCGGAUGAAAGUGGCGAACGAGAAACACAGCAAGACCAUCACACAGCGCGGACACGUGCAAAAGACCGCGCGGGUGCAGGGAGAGGAGAAAUCUCCAGUGGGACCAUGGCUCCUCGCUUUGUUUGUGUUUGUGGUGUGUGGCUCAGCGAGAAUCAAGGGGAAGGUGUACAAGACAGUGGUGAGACCGACCAUGCUGUAUGGUUUAGAGGCAGUGUCACUGAGGAAGAGACAGGAGUCAGAGCUGGAGCUAUCUUCCAGAUCAUACAGAGUAUCAGACAGGGCAUGUAGGAUGGUGAUGUUUGGUAUCCGGGUGAUGGCCAGAAUGAAGCUCCCCCCACUAAUACUGACUGACCAAUCACCUGCUCCUGUGUAGAGUUUACAUUAUAAUGGAGCUGUUCUUUCACUGACUGAGUGUGUGUAUAUGUGUGUGAGUGUGUGUGUGUGUAGUGCAAUGCUAUGCAAUAUUUUAUAACAGCAAAUAAACUAUUUUCUCUACACACACAACUGUCUGUCUGUGUGAUGUCACUGACACACAGCAGAGUUUCAGUUUGCUCACAUUAAACAAUAAUAAACUCAAUGUGUGAGAGUAGACACAUACAUUUAUGGUAUUUUGGACAUUUAUGUUGGUCAGAUUCCCUACAUCCAGAGUGAUUUUGUUCAUACAGCUGAACAGGGAAGGCUUUUGCUCAGUGGCCCAGCAGCAGCACUGAGCUUCCUCUCACCCCUCACAUCAUCUGCACUAACAUUAAAGACAGCUGUAAAAGGUUUUGUUGUCGAGCAUUUUAGUGUAUUUAUUUUGUUGUGUUGAUUAUUCUGGGGGACAGUGGUUCCUCUCAUGCUUUAGUGUGCUUAUUUUCAGUGUUCUCUCAGGUUCCUUUAAGUCUUUAUUAGUGACAUUUAAUGGUUUGUUGUUUCUUUAACUGUCUCUGGCUGAAAUACUGAAAUAACAGAUAAAUGAACUGUCGACAGCAGCGCAGUGUCUUCUUCUUCUACUUCUUCUUCUUCUUCUUUCGGGUUUUUCUUUUCUUUGCCGCUGCGAAUCAUCUCUCUCCACCUAUCCCUAUCUUCUGCAUCCUCAACACUUGCCCCCACUAGCUUCACAUCGUCAUUUAUUACAUCCAUAUACCAACUCUUUGGCCUUCCUCUUUGCCUCCUGCCUGGCAACUCCAUGUCCAACAUUCCCCUACCAGUAUACUCACUCUCCCUCCUCUGAACAUGUCCAAACCAUCUUAAUCUGGCCUCCCUAACUUUGUCCCCAAAACGUCCAACAUGAGCUAUCCCUCUGAUGUACUCAUUCCUAAUCCUGUCCAACCUUGCUACUCCCAAAGAGAACCUCAACAUCUUCAGCUCUGCUACCUUCAGCUCUGACUCCUGUCUCUUCCUCAGUGACACUGCCUCUAAAA